ACUGAUUUGUUGUUAUUUUCAUCCAUCGUUCACAAUUCGCUCUUCACGACAAUCGUACAGUGUGCUAACCAUGGGCCGCUACCUGCUCCUCCUCGUGGUGGUCGUGGCAGCCUUCCAGGACCUCUGGGCCAGCGGGGGUCGAACGGACGGCCUCUCGCGCUGGGGGACCACGUGGGGGAAGCACAACCACAGGGGAGCGGCGUCUAGCAGGUCCAGAGCCUCACACCUGUCCCGCAUCAAGCCUGAACAGCAAAACAACACAGAAAUCUUGGCACAGGUCGGCGGGAGAGUCACCAUUAAAUGCUACACUCGCUUCCUCGGCAACGAAAUAGUAACAUGGCUGAAGAGGGACGAGGAUCACCUGUUGACCGCCGGAUCGCAGGUGUACUCUUCCGACGUCAGGUUCUCCGUGGCGCACAUCAAAAACCAGGACCUGUGGCAACUGUCUCUGCGGGACGUGCGUCUGUCUGAUGCUGGCCUGUACGAGUGUCAGCUCACCACGCACCCUCCCACCUCGCUCUUCUUCACUCUCAAGGUGGUGGAGGCGCGGGCGGUGAUUGAGGGGCAGCCAGCCACGCACUUCCACCUGGGCCACACACUCCGCCUACACUGCAUCGUGGAGCGCGCCACUGAGGAGCCCAUGUACAUCUUCUGGUAUCACAACGGCAGCAUGGUCAACUAUUACCCUAACAAGCCAGACAGGAUCUCCAAGCACAGCUACAGCAGUAUCCUCACCAUCAACAACCUCACCUGGUCCCACGCUGGCGAUUACCGCUGUGAGCCGCCUUUAGCCAGCCCCGCCUCCAUCACCGUGCACAUCACCAGGCCCCCGGCGGCUAUGCAGAACACGGGCGAAGGAAGAGGAGUAGGAGCAGGAGGGGGAGGAAGGAUCAUGGUAGGAGUAGGAGUGGCUCUCUCCUUCUCCCCACCUAUUGUGCCUUGGUCAUCUCCUCUCUACCUCUUGUUCUGUCUCCUCGCAGCCAGCUGGUGAGAGGAGGAAGAGGAGGAGGAGGUGUCUGGUCUUUCUCUCUCUCUUUCUCUCUACCUUCUCCCCUUCUCUAACCUUCUGAAGCUUCAUUAACACUGAGAAAGAACGACUGCAAAACAUCUGCACCGGUGAAGAAUGUGCGAGGGAUGGAAAGUACUGUUUACCAUUUUCUGUGGAAGGAAGGAAGGAAGGGGUAACUCAUGUACCGUACGUAGAGUUGUCAAAACGAUUAAUAAUGUUUUCCCCUUUGUGUCUUAACUGUGUAAAAAGUUAUUAGUAGAGAGAGUGUACCUGUUUGUGUCCGUGGGUAUGUGUGUCUGUGUGUCCGUGUGUGCGUGUGUGGGUGGGUGGGUGUGUGUGUGGAUGUGAAGUAUAAAAGAAUUGUAAUAUUAAAGAGUAUUUAGACCUGUGUACUCGUUCGUGGGUCUUAACAAGAUUAAAAGUUUAGUGUUAUGUGAUAUUACGGUGGUGAAAUUUUUGGUUAUAUUUUUGUGAGGGAGACGAGUUUUUGUGUAUAAUAAUGUUUUGAGUGAUGUGACGUGAGCUCUUCCCCCUUAUUGUGUGUGUGUGUGUGUGUGUGUGUGUGUGUGUGUGUGUGU